AUGGCCAAAUGUAGAGUCGUCGUGGCCGAUGAAAAGAAGUUUAGUGGCACAAUGUCGGCCAGUCAGGGGAUGAACAGCGGAGUCUACAACUACUUCCUCAACAUGGUGGCCUAUCAGAUAUGCUGCUGCUGUGGACCGGCUCCCUGCUCGCUGUGCUGUGCCUUCUGUCCUCCGGUCAAAUCCUCCACCAGCACGCGGGUCAUGUACACGCUCUUCCACAUCAUGAGCUGCGCCGUCUCCUGCCUCAUGCUGUCCCGCACCGUCUCCGAGCUCGUCAGGGAAAAUGUGCCUUUCUUCAACAUGGUGUGUGACCAGGCGCACGGCGGGGGCCACUGCGAGAUGCUGGUGGGCUACUCGGCGGUCUACAGAGUCUGCUUCGGCACUUCCAGUUUCUACCUGAUGAUGGCGAUCUUCCUCAUCGACGUGAAGUCCAGUCAGGACUACAGAGCGCUCAUACACAACGGCUUCUGGUUCCUGAAGUUCAUCACUCUGCUGGGGACGUGCACCGCCGCCUUCUUCAUCCCAACAGAGUCCUUCCUGCACGCUUGGCAUUAUGUUGGUGUGGUGGGAGGAUUUGCCUUCAUCCUCAUCCAGCUCAUCCUCAUCACAGCGUUUGCGCACACCUGGAACAAGAACUGGUUGACCGGAGCGGCGGAGAACAAGCGUUGGUAUCUGGCGGUGAUGUGCGCCACCCUCUUCUUCUACACCAUCGCCACCAUGGCCUUCACCUUCAUGUACAAGUACUACACGCACCCAAUCGCCUGCCACUUCAACAAGGCCCUGCUGUGGGUCAACCUGGGGCUCUGCGGGCUCAUGUCCUUCAUUGCCGUCACGCCGUGCGUGAAGCAGAAGCAGCCUCGGUCAGGGCUCCUUCAAGCCUCCAUCAUCAGCUGUUACGUCAUGUACCUCACUUUCUCCGCGCUGUCCAGCCGCCCGCCAGAGAAAGUGGUGUAUCAGGGCAUGAACAUGACCGUCUGUUACCCCAGCGUGGGACAAGAUGGCAUCCAGAAUGAGGGCAACGCUGUGGCCAUAAUUGGAGCUUUCAUCAUGUACUGCUGCGUCCUCUUCGCAUGUAAUGAAGCUUCCUACCUGGCGGAAGUGUUCGGCCCGUUCUGGAUGAUUAAAGUUUACCGCUACGAGUUCCAGAAAGCCACCUGCUGCUUCUGCUGGCCCGAGGAAGAGGAAGCUGAGGAGGAGUUUGUGAUGGACGAAGAGAACAAAGGCUGUCAGAAGGUCUUUCACAACGAGACGCAGAGAGUGGCUUACAGCUACUUCUUCUUCCAUUUCGUCUUCUUCUUGGCCUCGCUGUAUGUCAUGAUGACCCUCACUAACUGGUUCAGCUACGAGUCAGCAGUGUUGGAGACCACCUUCACCCACGGCAGCUGGUCUACCUUCUGGGUGAAGAUGUCGUCCUGCUGGGCCUGCGUCAUCCUCUACCUCUGGCUGCUGCUGGGCCCUCUGUGCAGCUGCCAGUCAGAAUCCAGACCUCGCCGCUCGCGCAUCAAACGGCGUGCGGGAUCCUCUCGCCACGUCUCCGUGACCGUCUGACGAGCUCUGUGAAAGGGGGGCGGACAGGACGCGAUGUGGACGACAGGUCCCACGUGAAUCGAGGUCACAUGGGUCAAAGACUCGCGCUGCUGUGAGAAGGACCAAUCAGAAGGCUCGAUGCCCUGCUGAUUUAAGAACUGGUUAAAGCCGUGACGUCACCGGCUUCACACCAUGACUUUAAAACCACUGUGAGGACUCGACUGUGGUUUGGAAACACACUUAACAGUAUGAAUUGCCAAAGGGAUCAGAAGGGGUGAACUCUCGCUCUGUGUAAUGUUGGGCAUUACAGUCAGUAGGUAUGAAGAUGGAUACAUUCAUGAACUUUCAUUGUAGUGGUGUAUUUAAUUGUUUUGCUAUUUUUUAGACUGUUGAUAUUAUAACAGGGAGUAUUCUAGAUAUUUGCUUUAAUAUUGCAUCAGAGGCUCACAUCCCAGUUAAUGUUUUCUUUCAUAAAAGAAGAAAGAAAACAGAAAGCCCUGUUAGUCCUCCGAUCUAAGACGGGCAGUCGAUGGUUUCGAUCAUGAACAAAUCUUUCUCAGAGUUGGAAACAGAACUGUGGGCUCAUUGCAUCGACUGUGUUGAGUUCAUACAUAAUGUGGAGGCAAGAGAUGCUCCAACGCCUCCACACAUUUACCUCCGAGAGUUUUACAAUCUGCACAACAAACGACAUCCUCUGUCCUUGGAUCCUAGCAUUGGAACAAAAAAAAACCUUUUUAAACACGUGGUUGUUUAAAAAGGGUUUUAAAUUGAAACAAAACAAAAACAUACCAAAACUACUUUGUCAGGUUCACUAAAAACAUAAUGUUUUGGCUCAAAAUAGGUACGUUUGUUACGUUAUUUGAGUUACGGAUGUGAAUUAGAAUAAGAGCACGUUGACUUUUGUGACACAAACAAUGGUCUCCUGGGUGAAAGUCCUGUGUUUGUUUGAGCCUCCCAUCCACCACAGACGUCCUCCCCAACACGGACCUCCUCAGACUACGAUUAGAAACGUAUUUGUGAACAUAUCGAUGAUGCAGUUUCGUUGUACGGGGACGUCAUUUUUAGGAGACCAGGCUGCGACAUCAUACAGACAUUUCAUGACGAUGAAAUACAUUUCAAUUAUCAUCUCUAAGCAAAUUACGUUUCCAAGAGUUACACUAGAAGCCUUCAAAAAUGUGUUCAACAUUUUGGGAAAUGCGUAAAACCACAACCUGUUGAUUUGUGUUUGCACACAGAUUACACAGACGAGAUAUAACGUGCUAGUUUUUUUUACUUUUGAGGUGCAGCUCGAUGUGUUUUUGAGCUUUGGACCUCAUGUUUCCAGCUUUUAUGCUAAGCUAAAGCUAAUCAACUUCCAGCUAAAGCCCCAUAAGAGAUUGGCGUAGAUCUUCUCAACUAACUCUCAACAAAUAAACAAACAGGCGUAUACCCCAAUAUGUCAAAUGAAUGUUUGAUCAUUUAUUAAGGACUAAUAAGCUCAGAUGUAACUGCUGCAGUUUGAAAUAAUCUGCUGGAAUGACAAUGACUGGAACAGUCACACUGUAGUUUCAUAAUAAUAAUAAUAGCAUGAACUUUAUUUCAUUUAGUGCUAACAGUUACAAUCCAGAGAAUGUACAGACAGAAACAAUUUAAUUGCAACAUCUCAGUCAAUUAGGAACUUUGUCUUGUAAUUUAACUGAGAAAAUCUCCGAAAUAAAAGGUGAAUGAAUGCCUCUUUCCAGCCACUUCCGUUGUGCGAUUAUUAGGAGUUCAUCGAGAUAAGCAGUGGAACACGUUAUACCAGUACAUAAGAGGAGGGCUCAGCGAGAUGACGUAAUUAAAACAGCACAUUCAAACCUCAAACUUUGAAAAACGAUGGAGAAAACGUGAUGUAUAUAUGAUGUGUAUAUAUAUGUGGAGCAAUGACCAGACUGUUUUUCGUCUCUUCAGCUUCAUGUGCGCCAUAAUUUAUUCGCUAAAUCUGUUUCGGUUGCACUUUGUCAAUUUUCUGCAUUUCUUUUCUGAUGCGCAAAUUGAAAACGGUGCAUGAAGACAGGUCGAUGGAAACGCACCAACUGAGGCAAAUUCAGAGUUGGUUCUCAUUUCCAGCCUGAAGCCAAAGAAAGAUUUGUUCAUGUGUAGAAAUAUAAACCUAAAGUGUCCCGCGGGGUCACGAGGACAACAGAUGUUUUCACGAGAUGGACCUUUAAAUGCUCAGAGACGGACAGACAUUUUUGAUGUUCUUUAAAGUUCUACACAAGACGUUUGUCGUAUUUGGGCAAAAGAUAAUUUGCUUUUGAGGAACACGAUGAAUGCUCGCAUUUUGUUGCUAUAUAGCUCCUCAUUCACUUGAUUCUUGUUUACAUUUUUAUUUUGUAUGUGUUACUCUAUUUUGAAAACUUAGAAAAUUGAAACCAAGAGUGCUCAAAAAAAACAAAAAAACAACUAAAACUUCCAGAAGGGACAGAAGCUUUCUGUCUCAUGCCUUCAGAUGAAGUAGUCCCGUCUGCUGAGGCAACGUGAUCUCACAGAAAUAUGGGAAAUGACCACGACCUCCUAGAAGCAAAAUACUUGGUGGUGGCAUGUUAUGUCCAAAAUUAGGAGAGAAGUAGAGUCAUUUUCUCAUAGACUUCUAUACAACCAGAGGAGUCGCCCCCUGGUGGACACUAGAGAGAAUGCAGCUUUAACACAUGAAGCUUUGGCUUCACUCUGCAGAUCCGGAGGUUGCCUCCUUUAAGUCACUAGUUCUGAAGGUUCACGUGGAUGCGUUUGAUUUGUGUGUCCACCAUAACAAAGGAUCCUUAGUCAGUGAGUACGAUAACUCACCUAUUGAGAUAUGAAGUUACGUUUGUGACUGAUUACGUAUAUUACUGAAUUUGCGAACGUAUUUGAAGCUGAACGAAGAUAUUUUUCCUUAAACUAACGAAGUGGUUUUGUUGUCCAAACGUGAAAUAGUUUAAGUGAUGCAGACACGUAAUUUGAACACAUUACGUUAAGAGGUCAUAGUCAUUCCACGGAUUCCUGUGGGACCAGGUUGGCUGAGAUGAACCGUGUUGUGAAUCUAAAGAUAGUCCCUUUCCUCCCACACGUUGAUGUUGUGGAAACCUGAGACCGGUUUCUCCACUGAAGGGACUCUGAGCCGAGUGUCUGCGAUGACUUCCUUAUAAUGAUAUUAUAUUAUACGAGCAGCGAUCUGGCUCAGUCAUGAAAUGAAUACUUAGUUAUAUUAUCUGUAGUUUAAAUGUAGUGCUUCCUUUGUUGUAGAUGUGAAGCUUUUUCUGUAAAUACAUUGUUUUCUUAAAAA